CCCAUUGCCCUUAGCAUCUAACAAAGGGUUUAGCAUCUAGCUGAGGUUUAACCCCUUUCUUCAAUGGCGAUUCGAGCUCUCUCUCGAUCAAAACUUAUCAAUUUCUCUCCGUCGAUCCUACAAAGCCUCCAAAAACCCUCACAAAAAUCGCCUCUUUUCUCUGACAGCCAUCUCCCCAUUCAAAACCCCCAACCCAAAAACCCUAAUUUCUCUCACAAUCGCCUCUAUCACGAUGGGAGGCCGAGAGGACCCUUAUGGAGAGGGAAGAAGAUGAUAGGAAAAGAAGCCCUUUUCGUGAUUUUGGGGAUGAAGAGGUUCAAAGAUGAUGAGGAGAUGAUGAACAAGUUCGUCAAGUCUCAUGUUAAGAGGCUGCUCAAGAUGGACAUGAUUGCUGUGCUUACCGAGCUCGAGAGGCAAGAUGAGGUUGAAUUGGCUCUCAAGAUGUUUAGGAUUAUUCAAAAGGAGCCAUGGUAUAGGCCAGAUGUAUAUAUGUAUAAGGACUUGAUUAUUUCCUUGGCAAAGAGUAAAAAGAUGGAAGAUGCUAUGCAAGUCUGGGAGAAUAUGAGGAAGGACGAACUAUUUCCUGAUUCUCAGACUUAUGCUGAAGUUAUCAGGGGAUUCCUGAGAUAUGGCUCUCCUGCUGAUGCAAUGAAUAUAUACGAGGACAUGAAGAAUUCUCCUGAUCCACCUGAAGAACUGCCUUUUAGGAUUCUUUUGAAGGGGCUUCUACCACAUCCUCUUCUAAGGAAUAGAGUAAAACAAGACUUUGAGGAAAUGUUUCCUGAGCGUCAUAUUUAUGAUCCACCAGAGGAGAUCUUUGGAAUGAGAUGAGGGUGUGAGGGUACUUCUCACCUGAACUUGGAGGAGUUAGAGAUGGAUAUUGGUUUGUGUCUUGCAUCCUGUUGAAAGUACCUGGAGUUAAGAAGGAGAAGGGUCGAUGGAGUUGACGUUUACCUGCAAAUCACGAGUGAAAUUAUCGGUGCUUAUUAUGAGUGGGUGUGAAUUAAAUACGUGCAGGAUUGACCUUUCAGGUCUAAAUUUUUUUGAAAAGCUUUCAGGUCUAAAAUUGUCUGUACCAAGAUGUGCUUCAUGGUUUAACCUCCUGUGGCCUUACCUAAUUACUAUCAGGGCUUUUCUGAGUCAAUCAGUGAAGAUAUAUAGCAUAUAUAGUUAUAUGCUAUGGAUUCCAA